GCAGAAACUUUUCUUCCUAUUCUUGCGCGACCCACAAAAUGUCAGUUAUCUAUUACAAAUUUAAGGCAGCCAAAGAUUCCGAUUACGAUGUAUACACAUUUGAUGGCCCUGGUGCCACAGUAUUUGAUGUAAAACGUGAAAUUCUUCGAGCAAAAAAGCUAGGCAAGGGCACCGAUUUUGAUCUUGCCAUCUAUAACGCACAAACCGAUGAAGAAUACAAAGAUGAUGUCUUUGUGGUGCCUAGAAAUACUUCAAUCAUAGUACGACGAUUGCCAGCAUCGCGACCGGGAAAAGGAACAGCACAACGUUAUGUAUCAGGAGCAUUACCGGCGGAUGGCAAAGGAAUGGGAUCGAGUGGUAUGGGGAUGUUAAAAGGGCCUCCCGGUCCAGCUGCAGAGCGGUUUGGAUCCGGUGGUGGUGCAGGUGGUCGGAACAUGGUAUUGAAUGCACCGCAGUAUCGUCACCGGCAACAGCAGCAACAACAACAGCAUCAGCAGCAGCAACAGCAAUUUGAAGAGACAGUAGAUGCUCAACCACAGGGACCAGCACCUACUGAUGACUCGGAAGAAGCACGAAUUCAGGCCAUGUUUCAACAAACGACCGAUCAAUGGGGUGCUAUGCAAGAAAAGCUUGCAGAACAACAAUACAUUCCGUUCACACCAAGAGGUGGAGAUUGGCGACGAGGUCGAGGAGGAUAUCAUCAUUCUCAGCGAGGUGGCCAUGGUGGUGGAAGUGGUGGAAAUGGUGAGAAUAAUGGAGACAAUAACCAGCAACAACAACCUCAGCGCGUGCCUCCUCCAACGUAUGUUUGUUACCGGUGUGGUCAGAAAGGCCACUAUAUCAACCAAUGCCCUACCAAUGGCGACAAAGAGUUCGACAAGCACCCUAGAAUCAAGAGGACAACGGGCAUCCCACGUAGUUUCCUUAAAGUUAUUGAAGAACCGAAGAACGCAGUAAAGUCGGGCACAGGCGGUCUCAUGGUAACUCCCAAAGGUGAUCUAGUGGUAGCCCAAGCAGACUCGUCAACAUGGGACAAGCAUGUAGCAAAGUCAGCAGCGACAAUUAAUCUAGGAACUGCCACAGCAGGCGAUCUACUGGAGCUGUUUGAAGAAAUCCCCAUCCCUGCUCAUCUUCAAUGUCCAAUAUGCGAGGGUCCCUUUCGUGAAGCAACCAUCACCCCAUGCUGUGGCGCCAGUUUUUGUGACGAGUGCAUCCGUGGUUAUCUUCUAGAAAACGAUUUCGCUUGUCAGGAUUGCCAACAGCAAAUCCCAAAUGGACUGGAUGGAUUAAUUCCUAAUAUGGACGUACGAGCAAGUGUAGAUAGUUAUGUACGCGAAUACGUCCGUAAUCAUAGAGAAUAAACAAAAACAUUCGAUA